AUGUCGCCUUCUUUCGAUGGCACCACAGAGUCAGCAUCCAAGGAGACGCCUGAUGUGGCAGCAGACGAAACUCACCAGAUCACAGAGGAAUUCCUUAAGUGGUAUAUUUCAUGCCUUCAUGCACACAGUACAUGUACUCUCAAGGCGAAUAUUUUCCAAAUUUAUGGGCUUAAACUAGUUGCAAAGGGAUACUUUCGGACAUCAUUGUUUGGGGCGGCGCGAUAA